UAGGAAGCGGUGAGAUAGUGUUCUCACUUUCCUUUCAAGUUUAUUCCGGCAUUUCAAGUUUUCUGUUUCGUUGGCUGCUUCUUUUCUGCUGGCUGUAAAAUUUUUAUGACUUCGUGGCUUGGGUGAGUGAACCCAAAAGUUAGUGGAUAGGACAUGGCUUCAUCAAAUGUCUGCCCGACCGAUGAUGCAAUUCAAGCAUUCCUAGAAUACUUGGUCUUCCCAAUGCUGCCUUCAAAAUCUUCUGUUCGAGAUAAUCCCACAUCAUGCCAACAGCAGUCAGUUGCAAAUCAGGUGCAUUCCGUUGUGUUGCUGUAUAAUUACUACCACAGAAGACAAUACCCUGAGCUACCAUUUUUGCCUUUUGAUGAAUUUUGCAAAUUGGCUGUGGUUCUGAAGCCAAGUUUGUUAGCAUAUAUGAAUUUCAUGCAACAGUCUGGUGAAACUGAACUCAAUGAUGUGGAGAAACAACUUUCUGUAGUAGAGAAAAUGGUCAUGGAUGCAUGUGAUAUAUGUACGUGUUUGGAUGCGUCAAAAAACGUUCCUAAUAUAGAGGGAUGGCCCAUUGCAAAAGUUACAGUCCUUUUAAUAGACCAUAAGAAGGAGAAUUGCUUUUUGCUUCUUAAUUCCUUCACUAAGGGAGUUUGGUCUGUGAUUGAAAAAGAUGUCGGCAUCUCCAGCCAAAGUUCUGAGGAUACAAAGGGAGCAAAAUCUACAUUAAAAAAGAAAAGAGUAUUAGAAAGCAUACGUAUUGACCAGGCUGAUGUUGUGCUUUUGGAAAGCCACACUCUGUACUCUCACAGCAAAGAGAAGACAACCUCCUCCUUCUUGAUCAUGCAGUGCUCCCAUUUGAUCAAUCAGGCAGUUUUUCAAGUUCCUAUCAAAGAUGUAAUUGAUAGCUUGCAAGGUCCUUUGAUCAAGAAGAGUACUAGCAGUUGGAUUGUCACCCCAGCUGUAGAAUACUUCCAUUUGCUUCCUUAUUCUAAAAUAAUCUCAGAGCAUCUUUCUAGAGGUACAUUCUCAAACAGUUUGCAAGAUUCAAAAGUUAUGAUGGUGGGCAGUCCUCUAAUGGCAGAAUCUUUUGCAAUUGAGGAUAUGUCUGGUGGUCUUGAUGGCAAGCCAAGCAGCAACAAUACUGAAUCACUGAAGCAGGAAGAAAAUAAUCGAAAGUGUGCAGGUAUACUGUCUUAUUGUAACAUGGAGCUCCAAAGUAUGAAUGUGGAAAACCGUUUGCUUGUUCCAUUUCAAGAGAAAGAGAAAUGUCAGUAUUUUGCCGAUAAUGUACAAGUCUGUAAAGAUCAAGAGACAAAAAAGUUAUCUGUGCAAAAUUAUGUAGAGGGCUCUGCCAAUGCUCUCAAGGUUGUGACAGCUAGGACACUCACCACUGAAGAUGGAGCCAACAAUCUUGCCACAUGUAACAAGAUUUUCACCAACACUUCAUCAAUAGAAGACACAAAAGAUAAGUGUACUCUGGUUACAAGUCAGUCCAGUUCUAACAAUCUUGAUCUUCAGAAGUUCCAAACUUUUUUAGCUUUGAAGGGGGAGAUACUGUCACAAACUUCCCUCAAAGUUCUUACUCAAAGGAGGAAUGAGCUGGCUCUCCAGCAGCGAAAGACAGAAGAUGAGAUUGCCCUGUGCAAUAAAAAAAUUGAGACAAUAUUAACUGGUGGGGAAGGUGAUUUGGAGUUAAAGAUAGAAUCCAUCAUAGAAGGCUGUAACGAUAAGCAUGGAAUGACAUCUCAAAUUUUGAGGACGAUUGCUUACCACCAUGUAUUAAGAGGAAAAGAUUGUCAGAGGCCGUCCUCAAUAUGCCAAGUCCAUGCCAGGAUAAAGGAACUAGAUGGCAUAUGUCACGAAAAUAAUUGGAUCCUGCCUACUUAUCGGGUAUCACCAUUGGAUGGUGGUUUCGAAGCUAAUGUAACUGUUAAAGGGAUGGACUUUGAGUAUUCAUGCGGGGGUAACCUGUGUCCAAAUCCUCGUGAAGCCAGAGAAUCAGCUGCUGCUCAGAUGUUGGCCGACUUAAGAAGUAAGGCGAAAUCAACCCAAAGCUAGUUUUGAUUCUCUCAUAUGGAAUCGUAAAAACGGCGUACUUGAGUCUUCUUUUGCGGGUGCUCGCAGCCUUUACCAUGUUCUGGGAAAGAACCCUGGCUUUUAUGUCAAUCUAGCUGUUUUUUUGGGGUUAAAAUGUAUUUGCCGAUAGUAAAGAUGAUGAUGAUGGGAUUACAGUGACACUUGUCAUAACGGGCAAGAAAAUGUUACAACUCUGGGAUGCAAUGGGUAUUCAGUUGUUGGAUGCAGGGAUUGCGUCUACGGAUUGCUUCAGUUUUAACUCAUCAUUUACUUGUUCUGGAAUAUUAUCAUA